UUUUAAAUCAUUAUAGUCACACGUCACCAAAUGCUUGCUCCAAAUGUAAAAUUGAAGGCCAUCGUUGCGAAGAAAGGCUAUCGUGGAAUAAUGAUUUUUCCAGGCAUUCAUCAUUCUCUAAGAACAGAUGAAGAGUACAUUAACAUGGUUGACAAAAAUCAUCAUAAAGGCCCGAGUCCAUUACAUUCGAUACUAGGACUUGUCACGCAGGUUCCCUUUGAACCUUUACAUCUAAUAUAUUUAGGAAAUGUGAAAAAAUUGCUUCAUGCCCUCAUUCAGGGAAAAUAUGGACGUCAGAAGCUGAAUCGGAGACAAUUGGACAUCCUAGAUUCGAGAAUAAUGACUCUAAAAUUACAUUGUCCUACCGAUUUUAAUCGCCGCCCAAACAAACUAAGUAUGUUUCAUCAUUUCAAAGGCACGGAAUUUAGACAAUUUUUAUUAUAUACUUCCCCAGCCAUUCUGGAAAAUGUUCUUGAUGAAGAAUAUUACAUGCAUUUUAUUUUGCUUCAUUGCGUGAUACGCAUCCUCAGCUGUCAUAAUGUAACCGAUGAAAAUAUAUUAGAAAACCGCAUCUCACAUUGCAACAAUUUUAUAAAAGAAUGCAAGAAUUAAAUGACUUUGUUGUUGCACACACCGACAAUAUUAUUGAAAUUUAUGGUACAAAAAAUCAUGCAGAAGGUCCUGUAGCAGAAAAUAUUCCUCUUCAUCAUUGUCAACAAUUUAAGAAGUUACAAGUAGGAAAAAUAACAUUUUCUAUAAACGAACGUGACAAUUGCUGUCUCCUCAAAAAUUCUGAAAUCUGCAUAAUAAGUAAUAUUGUCCAAAUUGAAGGUGAAACUUUGUUCAUGGUCAAGAAAUUUGGUACACGCGCAAAUUUUUAUAACGUUGGAGUUACUUCGGAUGUUGUAGGAGUUUAUCACUGCUCUAAUUUAUCUAAUACUGUAGAAGCAAUCAACUUACUCGACGUCAAAGCCAAAAUGUAUAGAAUGCCUAAGUAAAGCGGCGUAGAAGGACAAGAAAACAACGUCAUUAAAAAUGUAUAAAUCUGCGUAUCCUUACUUACACCAUUAAUAAUACCUCAACAGUAAUAAAUAAAUAAUGCGAAUAACGAAUAAGACAAAUAAAGAAUAAUGCGAAUAACGUAUAAAAUUUUAUUUAAAUAAUUAUCUAAAUAAAAUUUAUUCGAAAAAUAACGAAUAAUGCCUAACUCUGAUCCAUACAAAUAAACGGCAGCAUUACUGUAAAAGAAAGGGUUCAAAAUUUUUUUUUUUUAAUGCAAACAAAUUACAAAUUACUAUAAAUUUAUUUAUUGAAUAACUUCUAGACAGAAAAUAGAGAAAAUAAAGAGAAGAUUAAAAAAUGAAGCCAUUAGAGAAGAAGAAAGAAGAUACAAUUUCCAAAGUUAGUGGUAGGAAGAUAAAACGCCCGAAAAAAGUUGAGACGACGUCUUCGGAGGAAGAGCACAGGCAAACAAAGAAAGCAAAACCUGACCGAGAAAAAAUGAAGGCCGAAAUAUUACGUUUACGACAAUUUGUCGAAAAUAUGAAAGAAAGU